AAGUGCGCGCCAUUUUUGCCCUCAUCUUAUCACUUGUUAUCAGUUGAUGAGUCAAUCGACUUGACAAUGAAUGAACUGACCAGUAAUUCGAAGAAAUGAAAGAAUUGAGUAAAAAUCAUGGAUACUUCCACGCCGUUGAAGAAAUUGUGUUCGAAACAACUCAAAUCGUUGCUGUCGAGCGAAUAUAAAACUGUUAACAGUUCGACCAACUAUAAACACGUGAAUAAUGAUGUUCCAAUCGAACCGGCUGAUUCCGAUCGUUUAUUCUGCGAUUCAAAAUAUACCGACGCGAACACUUCGAUAGAAGUUUUUCCAGUAAGUCCAAUUUGUUGCACGAAAAACGCAUCUGUUAAUCUUGCUAAUCUGCCGAAUUUGGAUACAUCGAAUUUAAAAUGGUCUACUUCGCUUCAUACUUCACACGCGGAAGAAGAACUUUUCGUAGAAGAAACAAUGGAUCCGAUUCGUUCGCAAUGUCACUGCACGGCGGAAUACGAUGAUAACGUAACGAGUUUCAAGUUAAUCGAGUCAAGCGAAGGGAUCGAAGACGAAAAAUUCGAAACAAUUAGAAAUACAUCGGAUCCUCCAUGUUCGCCGAUAUUCCCAGCAGCGAGAGGUAAACGGCGAAAAAAGGAUAAAGAACUUGUACCUGACGAACACCUUGACAGCAACGGUGCUAAUAAAGGGUUAUCUGAUAGCGUAUGCGAAGACAUCCGGUGCUUGAAUGAGCACGCUUUCGAUCUAGACGAUUCUUACGGCAAUAUAUUCAACAUAACUGCGCGACCAUCUGAAAGUACGACGUUGAAGACGAGUCGAUAUUCGCUGGAUUUCAGCCACGAAAACAGUAAGAAAUUCGUCUAUCCUUCGGCCAGUGUUUCGAUCAAGAAACCCGAAAGUCAUCUACGUGUCGACCAGUUGACGAAUUACGCUCUGGCUCUAGAAGUACGAGAUUCACGUUCGAGUUCAUCUUCUUCUCGUAAAUCUGAAACUAAAACUAAGACAAAUGUGCUCAGUCAGAACACUAUGAUGGUUUUCAAUGAGUUAUAUUUCAACGACUGUAGUAAAGAUAUCUUUGAUGGCAGCUUGGAUAUAAACCUCAGCACCAUAGUUUCACCUCGAGAAGAUCAAGUAGUCGUUACUUCUACGAAAUAUGGAAAAUCAAAACUAGAAAUACUUCGAAAUAUCGCCCAGAUUAUGUUCGCGUGCCGAAAUAAUGAUCGUGAAACUAUUGGAAGACGUUUCGAGAAAAUAACCGAUCGAUUCUGUAGCAGCGAUUGCAUGGCUGCUCGUUUGAUGCGUUUUCUGUAUUCGUCGUACUAUUUCGUCACUUUUAUCGAUUUAGCGAGCUACAGAACGGACGAGUUUUAUCAACUUGACGCUUUACAAUAUUUUAUGGAUCGUCUAAACGACUCGUUUAAAUUUAAUGUAUCCUCGGUUUAUGCGGAGAAAUCGUUCGAUUACUUCGAAAACGAUGUUUACUCGUUGGAAAAACUGGGUGUUCCUGUGUCUGGUCUAUACGUUGCUCGUUUCAAGACUUUACGUUGCUUGAGCACCGGUUGCGAAAUCGAUUCGAUAAAUAUGCGAUCCGAGUCUUCGAAGGUUGCUCGAGUUUUGAAAAAUGAACGAGUAUCGAAUCUUCAAGACGAAUUUUCUGGUGAUCUUUUCGACUUCGAACACUUCAGUGAUGUUCAAAUUGCGAAUGGUAAUCGUCUGAGCAUACCUGAAAAAUCGCUCAAACGAUUCGUGGAUAGAUUCAGCGAUGUAUUCGAUGACCAAGGUGACAACGAUGUAUUGUAUCCAGCUGAUAAAAAAAGACGAAUCGAAAACAGUAGCGUUAUCGUAACAGAUACAAAGCUUCCAUCGUCAUUCGUAGGCAUCACCAACGGUUUCCGAACUGGUACCGGAAAACCAGUCAGUAUUCAGACGAAAUCACUUCAUACGUCGAAACAGAUAUUCUCAGACAUACUGAAUCCGGCGACGGAAUCGAAUCCCAAACACCAUCUUGAAAAUUUACGCGGAAAAUCGAAUGAAACCUCAACUCCGGCUGCUUGCGGUUUCAAAACAUGUUCUGGAAACCCGAUUAAGGUCGACGAUAAGCUGUUACAAAAGUCUAAAAUCUUGUUUUCCGAUAUUUCGAGCGAAGCAGGAUUCGAUUUAGAAGACGAUAACGCUGAUUCUUCUAGAAAACAGGACAAACAGCCAGCUUCGGGCUUCAAAUCAAGUUCUGGUCGAACGAUUAAAGUAAAUGAUCAUUUGUUACGAAAAUCUGAAAAUCUUUUUUCGGAUAUUUUGACCGAAACUAGAUCUAAUUUCGGUACCCCUAGAACAAGUAACGGAGAAUAUAAAAACCCAUUCAAGACAACGGUUCCUGGUUUCAAAUCUAGUUCCAGUGGAACGAUCAAAGUUGGCAACGAGUCGUUACAAAAGUCUAAGAAUCUGUUUUCGGAUAUUUUCGCCGAAACUGAAUGUAGUUUUGGACCAGACGAAGCAGCGGUUUCAGGAUUCAAAACAGGCUCUGGUCGAGCUAUCAAGAUCGAUGACCAAUCGUUGCAAAAGUCUAAAAAUCUAUUUACGGAUAUUUCGGUCGAAACUUCCGGUGAAGCUGUCCCUAAAAAUGGCCAAUACAAGAGACCAAUCAAACCAGAAGCUGUGGGUUUCAAAACAGGAUCUGGAAGGACGAUUAAAGUUGAUGAUGGAUCGUUGCAAAGUUCAAAAAAUCUAUUUUCUGAUAUUUCUAUCGAAACUGGCUGUGAUUUUGGAGACGUUGUCCAAAAAAAUGGAGCAUACAAGAGACCAAUCAAACCAGAAGCUGUAGGUUUCAAAACAGGAUCUGGAAGAACGAUUAAAGUUGAUGAUGGUUCGUUGCAAAGUUCAAAAAAACUAUUUUCGGAUAUUUCGAUCGAAACUGCUUGUGAUUUUGGAGACGUUGUCCCCAAAAAUGGCGCAUACAAGAGACCAACAAAGCCAGAAGCUGCGGGUUUCAAAACAGGAUCUGGUAGAAUGAUUAAAGUUGAUGAUGGAUCGUUGCAAAGCUCAAAAAAUCUAUUUUCGGAUAUUUCGAUCGAAACUGCUUGUGAUUUUGGAGACGUUGUCCAAAAAAAUGGAGCAUACAAGAGACCAACAAAGCCAGAAGCUGCGGGUUUCAAAACAGGGUCUGGAAGAACGAUUAAAGUUGACGAUGGUUCGUUGCAAAGUUCAAAAAAUUUAUUUUCGGAUAUUUCGAUCGAAACUGCUUGUGAUUUCGGAGACGUUGUCCAAAAAAAUGGAGCAUACAAGAGACCAAUCAAGCCAGAAGCUGCGGGUUUCAAAACAGGAUCUGGAAGAACGCUUAAAAUUGAUGAAGAAUCGUUGCGAACGUCUAAGAAUUUAUUUUCGGAUAUUUCCGUCGAAGCAGAAUCCAACUUCGACGACGCAGCUCCCAGUACCAGUGCUUACAAAAGACCAACAAAGACUGAAACCAUGGGCUUCAAAACAAGCUCCGAACGAACGAUUAAAAUUAACAACGAGUCGCUGAAAACGUCUAAAAAUCUAUUUUCGGAUAUUUCGGCUGAAAUAGAGGGCAAUUCUGAUAGCAAUGGAUCGUCCAAGAGAUCGGACAAGGCAGCGUUAUCGGGUUUCAAAACAAGCUCCGGCAGAAGGAUCAAAGUCAACGAUGAUUUCAUGAAAUUGUCCAAAAAUUUAUUUUCGGACAUGAUGAACGAAACCGAAGCCAAUGCUGAUGCUGUAGAUGCAAACAUUACGAAUAAUUUCAAGACUGGCUCCGGUAAGGAUGUUAAAGUAAGCGUCGAAUCGUUGGAAAAGCCUAAAAAUUCAUUCUCCGAUGUUAAUUCGUGGCCGGAGAAGAAAGUAAACGCUGUCAACAGAACUUCCCCGAAGGAAAACGAAAUGAAAGAUGUAAAAGACAAGAAUGAGCACCGAUCACCUCCGCCUCGUGUUCAUAACCAAUCCUUCGAUCUAUCUCGUGAAAUAAUGGAAAGUGCGAGUGCUUUCUUGUACGACAUUUCGCACGAAUCUGGGUCUUCCUUCUUCGUACCGAACGAAACGAGUAUAAUUUCGAAAACAAAUCCGCUCGAACAAUCCGGAUCAUCGUUCUCCGUACCAAACGAAACGAGUAUAAUUUCGAAAACAACUCCGCUCGAACAGUCCGAAUCCUCCCUCUGCAUACCAAAAGAAACGAGCACAAUUUCGAAAACAAAUCAGCACGAACAAUCUAGCUCCUCAUUUACCAUACCGAACGAUACGAGCACAAUUGACAAAACCAACUCUCUCGUAGAAGAGCAUCGCAGAAGCGACGUUUCCAAUACCACAGCCAGCUCCAGAUCGAGCAGUCCGGUAUUCGACGCGAAAUACGCGCCAACCAAACGUAAAUCCUCGAGCCGAAGAACCAGCAGUGUACAAUCGUUGAAUAUAACUUUCGGUGGUCGUAAAACAAAUGAUAGCAGCGGUAGCAGUGGCAGCGAUCAAAUGUCUGCCGAAUUGGAAACGUUGAAAAUGAAUUUCUCCCUCAAGUCUCAUAAAAGGAAGUCAAGUUCUCGGGAUAAUUCGCAAGUUGGCACUAAAAAAUGUAAAAAUGGUUCGCUGUCGUCUUCGCCGGACGAAGACGAGAAGCUUGCGUCAUCUCGUCGUCGAGCAACUGCUGUAGCUCAUCAACAGAAAUACAUUUCUAACAAACCGAAGGAAUUUUGUCGGCCUACUCGAGGGUAUUAUUCGACUUUAAUACACGGUAGCAAAGAAGCGGAGCUUAGUGCUGUAGUUGAUCGUAUUUCACUCGGUCAUCUGGCUCGUAACGAGAAACCAAAACUUUAUUCUUUCGACGAGUAUUUAAAACUCGGUUUGCUUCCGGCUGUCGUUCGAAUGACUUCUCAAAACGCUAGAAAUUUCACCUUCACCAGCCAACUUAUCACCGACAAGCUCUCAAAAACAGAUUCGAACGGUGCCAUUUUGUUCGGAGACUCGGUUCCGAUAAUAUUAAACGAGAAAAACGAAAUCACUUUGGAAGAGAUUAUCAGAGGAUUUCUCGCUAGCCCUGGUGUCGAUCCGAAACUCAUCUCUCGCGACUGGAUCACCAAUCAUUAUCGAUGGAUUGUUUGGAAAUUAGCUUCGAUGGAGAGAUUUUUUCCUAAAUCGUUGGGUCGAAGAUAUUUGACAUUGGAUAAUGUUUUAUUUCAAUUAAAAUUCAAAUACGAACAAGAAAUCGACCGAUGUGUUAGAUCUGCGUUGAAAAAAAUCCUCGAAGGUGACGAUUCAGCGGCCAGACCUUUGGUAUUAUGCGUCGCUUCUAUCGAAAAGGGAGCAAAUUCAUCGAACGAUUACAAAGUCGAAUUAACUGACGGCUGGUACAGUAUUUUCGCUCAAACGGACGAUCAAAUCAACGAUUUAAUUUCGCGUAAGAAAAUAUCCAUCGGAGGAAAAAUUAUCGUCAUUGGGGCCGAAUUAGUUGGGUUUCGUGAACCCUGCGAUCCUUUACAAACGAGUGAAAAUGUACGUUUGAAAUUCAGCGCCAAUUCCUGUCGUCGAGUUCGUUGGGAUACACGUUUAGGAUUUUACCUUGGUAACCUGAGCCCGAUAAAUAGAAUCCAGACUGUAUUGCCCAAAGGUGGAUUCAUUUCGCAUCUUACUGCCGUCGUAGCCAGAGUUUAUCCUUUGCUGUUUUUAGAAAAAUACGACAAUCCAGCUGCAGACAACACAGCUGGUGGACCUGCCUCUUCAACGGUAACCUGGUCGCGUCUUCAUAACGAAAAGGUCGAAAUGAAGAAAGUGAUGGCUUUCGAAAGAGAUCGUCAAAAUUGUAUAGAAUCAAUUUUAUCUCAAGUUACCAAUGAAGUUUUGAAGGAGAAUGGUAAAGGGAAUGCAGAUGCUUUAACCGGAGACUGUUCAAAUCAACAGAACAACGAUAGAUUGCGCGAUAUCAUUCAACAAAGGGUGCAAUCUCGUUUACCGGUGAAAUUUUCCAAGAAUAGGCACGUCAGCCGAUUAUUAAAGAUUCGAUUGGUUGAUGCGCAAGAUGUGAAAAAUAAACCAUCCGCUAUUUUAACAAUCUGGAAUCCUUGCGACGAUGUGUCUAAUUUUUUCAAAGAAGACAGAUGUUAUAAUUUUCUCAACAUAAACGCCAAUCAAAUCCGAAAUGGCGAAUUACAAUUAUGUUCCACUCGUUCGAGCAAAUACGACCGAAGCAGCAGCAAUAGCUCCGGUGACGGUAACGAUCACUGGUUCAGAAGACGCGUUCGAGGAGUCGAAGAUUUGAACGAACGUAGCGAAGAUGAAGAUAAAGCCUGUUCAUUCGAUGAAGUAGACGUGACCGGUGUCAUUAUUAAAAUUCAAUCGAAGACGCGGUCCGGUGAUUUCGAACAGAAUGGUCGAAUAUACUUGGCCGAUUUGCAACGACGAUUUUUCGCGCUUUCUUUUCGAAUCGAUUCGAAGAAUUUCGACUACGGAGACUCGUUAGAAAGUGGAAAAAUCAUAGCCGGAUUGAAUUUACAGUGGAAAAAAGGAUGGCUGUGUUGGAAUACUCCCAUUUUAUACGUUAGUGAAUUCAGUUCCUUCGUUCAAUCGACAAAUAUCGCAUCUUUACAACAUGGUAUUGAUCAAAUUCGUCGUCAUUUUCAAACUAGCAAUUUGAAAGCUUUCAUCGCAGAAUGCGAAGAAAAAUUAAACACCAUCAUCGACUUGCCUGCAGACACAUCAGCCAACGAAAACAACCGCAGCAAUACUGCCAACGUCAGCUUAGACACAACUCCAACAAUACCAGCAACGUCAUCACCAGCACCAGCAUCAGCAAUCGACUCCAGCCACAAAAAUAAAUCCAGCAACCAGUCAACGUUUAAAAAUGCGAGUACACGAUGUAGAUUUGAAAAAUUACAGAAUUACGGCAGACCUCCUUCCCUGUCACCUCUCGUUUUAACCUCGCAAUCUAAACUUAAAGCCAAGUUACCUUUGAAAGUUUCCAGAAGGUCUUUCAAAUCGUGAUCGUGCCCUUAUGCCUUGCUACAAUAAAUAGGUACCUAUCUGAAGCAACUUGUGAUGAAUGUAUUUUAUUGUCAGUGAAUAUUGUGAAGAUAUUAUUUGUGCGAUUCGAUCGUAAUAAAUUCAUUUCUAAUA